CAGUAACUGCUGGGAUGGCGACGGGGCGGCUGGGGAGGACCGGACUCCGUGCCCUGCCCUAUCUGGGCGUGGUGGGUGAGACUCCAACACUGAGCUGAUUUUCCGCAGCAGGUUUCUCGCGGUUUCCCGACACUUGGGCUGCGCCGAACCGGAGGCAAAAGGCCGAAGAGCAGAGCGGGAGCCGCCGCCGGCCGCCGCCACCUGCGGGGGGACCGGGGGCGGGGAGCGCGGCCAGCGUCGGCGGGACCGGACCCGAGGGACCUCACCAUGACACUCCAGUCACCUGUAUUCUUGAUCUGCUAGUGGCUUCCGUUUGUCACUCCGCAUAAGAAGAACAGCUUUCAAAAAAAAGAAAAAAAGAAAAAAAAAAAAAGAACAGCUUUCCGGAGGUGAUCCACAGCAGGGUGAGAGGCCACUAACACCAUGUUCUGCACGAAGCUGAAGGAUCUCAAGAUCACAGGGGAGUGCCCUUUGUCCUUACUGGCACCUGGGCAGGUUCCCAAAGAGCCAGGAGAAGAGGUAGCGGGAACCUCAGAAAGUGGCAAAGCAACUCUGCCCAUCUGUCAGGAUGUCCCUGAGAAGAAUGUACAAAGAAGUCUUCCUCAAAGAAAGACCAGUAGGAGCCGAGUCUAUCUUCACACUUUAGCAGAGAGUAUUUGCAAACUGAUUUUUCCUGAGUUGGAGCGGCUGAACCUUGCACUUCAGAGAACAUUGGCAAAACACAAAAUAAAAGAAAGCAGGAAAUCUUUGGAAAGAGAAGACUUGGAAAAAAUAAUUACAGACCAAGCAAUUGCAGCAGGAGUUCCAGUGGAAAUCGUCAAAGAAUCUCUCGGUGAAGAACUUUUUAAAAUAUGUUAUGAGGAAGAUGAACACAUCUUGGGUGUGGUUGGAGGAACCCUCAAAGAUUUUUUAAAUAGCUUCAGCACCCUUUUGAAACAGAGCAGCCACUGCCAAGAAGCAGAAAAGAGAGGCCGGUUUGAAGAUGCUUCCAUUCUGUGCCUGGAUAAAGAUCAUGAUUUCUUAAAUGUUUACUAUUUUUUCCCUAAGAGAAUCACGUCCCUGAUUCUUCCCGGCAUCAUUAAGGCAGCUGCUCACAUGUUGUACGAAACCGAAGUGGAAGUGUCACUACUGCCCCCCUGCUUCCGAAAUGAUUGCAGCGAGUUCGUCAAUCAACCCUAUUUGUUGUACUCCCUUCAUGUCAAAAGCACCAAACCAUCCCUGUCCCCAGGCAAACCCCAGUCCUCGCUGGUGAUUCCGGCUUCCCUCUUCUGUAAGACUUUUCCUUUUCAUUUCAUGUUUGACAAAGACAUGACGAUUCUGCAGUUUGGCAAUGGCAUUCGAAGGCUGAUGAACAGGAGAGACUUUCAAGGAAAGCCUCAUUUUGAAGAGUACUUUGAAGUUCUGACUCCGAAGAUCAACCAAACGUUUAGUGGAAUCAUGACUAUGCUGAACAUGCAGUUUGUUGUCCGAGUGAGGAGAUGGGACAACUCUGUGAAGAAAUCUUCCAGGGUCAUGGACCUCAAAGGCCAAAUGAUCUACAUUGUUGAAUCCAGCGCAAUCUUGUUCUUGGGGUCACCCUGCGUGGACAGAUUAGAAGAUUUUACGGGACGAGGGCUCUACCUCUCAGAUAUCCCGAUUCACAAUGCACUGAGGGAUGUAGUCUUGAUAGGGGAACAGGCCAGAGCGCAAGAUGGCCUGAAGAAGAGGCUGGGCAAGCUGAAGGCCACCCUUGAGCAAGCCCACCAAGCCCUGGAAGAGGAGAAGAAGAAGACGGUGGAUCUCCUGUGCUCCAUAUUUCCCUCCGAGGUUGCCCAGCAGCUGUGGCAAGGGCAGGUUGUGCAAGCCAAGAAGUUCAGUAAUGUCACCAUGCUUUUCUCAGAUAUCGUGGGGUUCACUGCCAUCUGCUCGCAGUGCUCGCCGCUGCAGGUCAUCACCAUGCUCAAUGCACUCUACACUCGCUUUGACCAGCAGUGUGGGGAGCUGGAUGUCUACAAGGUGGAGACCAUUGGUGAUGCAUAUUGUGUGGCUGGGGGAUUGCACAAAGAAAGUGACACCCAUGCCGUCCAGAUAGCACUGAUGGCCCUCAAGAUGAUGGAGCUCUCUGAUGAAGUCAUGUCUCCCCAUGGAGAACCUAUCAAGAUGAGGAUUGGACUGCAUUCCGGGUCCGUGUUUGCUGGAGUCGUUGGCGUUAAAAUGCCUCGCUACUGUCUUUUUGGAAACAAUGUCACCUUGGCCAACAAAUUCGAGUCCUGCAGCGUACCACGGAAGAUUAACGUCAGCCCAACGACGUACAGAUUACUCAAAGACUGCCCUGGCUUUGUGUUUACCCCUCGUUCAAGGGAGGAACUUCCACCAAACUUCCCCAGUGAAAUUCCUGGAAUCUGUCAUUUUCUGGAAGCUUAUGAACCAGCAACAAAUUCAAAACCAUGGUUCCAGAAGAAAGAUGUUGAAGAUGGCAAUGCCAAUUUUUUAGGCAAAGCCUCAGGAAUAGAUUAACAAAAUAUGUAUCUGAUUAUUAGUCUUUGGGUUUUGACUCCUAUGAGCAUGUGUGGAAUCUCUGAAAGCACUUUAAGAUUGAAAUGACUAAGAAUAGUAUUAAAAUUUCAGGAACUAAGUCACGAUCUACUUUUCUUCCACUUAACAUGACAAAAAUGUAUUCACUUCAAGUCUUCAGAGGAAAAAAGAAGGAAAGAAAAGUCAAAUUAGGGGGAUAUUUCUCUUACUGUAACUAUCACUUAUUACCUGUACUCGAAAUUCAACACAUUGUACAUAUAUCAGGUAAUUGUAGUGACCUGAUCUGUGCAACCUGAUGGAGUAACCUGCAGUCUUGUGUCCUGGUGGAAUGCCAUGGUUGUCAAAGUGUAUUUGUGAUUGUGUUGCCUUAGAAAAACCUUUCCAAAUAGAAAUGAUAGUCUUUGAUACCAUAAGCUCUUUGCACCUUUCAGCUCUGCAUUUUAUUACAUUUCUUCAUUUAACUGGUGGCAUAUGUAAUGAAAUAGGUUGAGUAUUUUUUUUCUGUUGCACUUUUCCUUUUUUUUUAAGAAAAUGAGCAAUUAUGGGUUAGAUGCAAUAUGAAUAUAAAAUAGUUCUUCUAUAAAUAUCAAGAUUGUUUUAUAAAAAUAUCUGCCAUAACAUGACGUGUCAUAUCAAUAAAUGCUGUCUUUUGUUUGA